AUGGUGGAGGCACGACUGGUUGACUCUAAGUCAACAUUCUCUAUUUUUUCUCAUCUACUAGAUGCCCGGAUACUGCGCGCCCUUGCAGACAUGGGCUUUGCCCGCCCAACCCUCGUCCAGGCAAAAGCCUUGCCCAUUGCACUUGAAGGCCGCGAUAUCCUUGCAAGAGCUCGGACAGGCAGCGGCAAAACGGCUGCAUAUUGUAUUCCGAUCGUGCAGAAAAUUCUGAGUGCGAAAUUUUCAUUAUCCAACUCAGAUGAAGGUUAUCAAAUGACGCGUGCUGUAAUUCUUGUGCCCACUCGCGAACUGUCCGAACAGGUCACAACAUGCCUUCAAAGCCUCCUCACUUAUUGCGAGAAGGAGGUUAUCGUUGUUAACUCGGCAACUGGUUCCUCUACACAUCUGCAACGUGCACUUCUUGCAGAUAAGCCAGACAUCGUCAUUUCAACUCCUUCUCGUGCCCUCGGGCUGCUUCAAUCAAAGACUUUGAACCUCUCUUCACUGGAAUCCCUUGUUAUUGAUGAGGCUGAUCUCAUUUUGUCCUAUGGGCACGAUGAGGACGUUCGACAAAUUUUUACCGGAGGAUAUCUUCCAAAGGUUUAUCAGUCAUUCCUGAUGAGCGCAACCAUGACAGAUGAUGUUGAGACACUGAAGGGCCUGGCUCUUCGUAGUCCAGCUAUCCUGAAGCUGGAGGAGGAUGAGGAUGAGGCAUCACUCCUGAGCCAAUAUUCUGUUCAGUGCUCCGAAGUCGACAAAUUCCUUCUCACAUAUGUCAUCCUUAAACUCCGCCUCGUAAAGGGCAAAUGCAUCCUUUUUGUCAACGACGUCGACCGCUGCUAUCGCUUGAAACUCUUCUUGGAACAAUUUUCAAUAAAAAGCUGUGUGCUAAAUUCUGAGCUUCCCCUCAAUUCUAGAUACCAUACAGUGCAGGAGUUUAACAAGGGCGUUUACGACUACAUCAUUGCAACUGACGAAAACGCGACCAGCGCAGAAGCCGAUUCCGACGAUGAAACCGAGGAGGAUGGACUUCAGGACGAUGCUGGCGACGAAUUGACGCCAACACAACGCGCACGGACAAACCCAGACGAAGAUGUCCAACCUGAACCUACGUCUACAAAGCGGAAGCAUCCUGACAAUGCUCCUCAACCUGGCCCUUCCAAAUCAAAGAAACCGAAGCGCCGUACGAAGUCUGACAAAGAGUAUGGCGUUACACGUGGAGUGGACUUUGUCGACGUUGCUUGUGUGCUCAACUUCGAUCUACCCACGUCAUCUCGGUCAUAUACUCAUCGCGUAGGCCGCACUGCCCGCGCUGGGCGGGCAGGCAUGUCAUUAUCCUAUGUCGUUCCUAAAGACCAAUGGGGUAAAAACAAGGUUGUCGGUUGCCUUGAAAGCGCAAAGAAUGACGAGGCUGUCUUUUCAAAGAUCGAAAAACAACAGGCAGCCCGGGGUUCCAAAAUACAAGAGUACAAAUUCGAUAUGAAACAAGUGGAGGCAUUCCGGUAUCGAAUGGACGACGCGCUACGGUCUGUGACAAGAAGCGCUAUCAAGGAGGCUAGGAUCAAGGAACUUAAAGCUGAGAUUAUCAACUCGGAAAAACUCAAAGCACAUUUUGAGGACAAUCCACUCGAUCUCGAAUAUUUACGCCAUGACAAACCUUUACAUCCCACCAGGGUUCAGGCUCAUAUGAAACAUAUACCAAAAUACUUGCUUCCUCGUCUAGUUUCAGCACCAGCUGUUGAAGCUGAAGAGCCCACAGUUGGUUUUGUGCCAUUCAAAAAGUCUUCUGCACGCGGUCGCGGCCGUGGUCGUGGGGGCAGAGGUGGGGGCGGAAGUCGCGGUGGGAAGAAAAAAUCUGAUCCUCUGAAAAAGUUUCGGUAG